GACUGCCAGCACUUCAUUUCGGGCAGGUAAACCGAGGACGACAUGCGCAAGGCCAUCUACCAACUUGGACGCGCCGUGCGUGAAACCGGUCAAGCUGUGGACCGCUUGGGUCUGCGUGUGCUUGGCAGCAACCUGCACCGUGAAAAGUUUUCCCGUCAUCGCCAAGUCAUGGCCCUGUACGACAAGGUUCCCAUGAUCGCACACGACUCGUGGGUGGCCCCGAACGCGUCUGUGAUUGGUGACGUCGAGAUCUGCAACGACUCGUCGAUCUGGUAUGGCGUCGUGAUUCGCGGAGACUUGAACAAGGUUUCGAUUGGGAACCGUACCAACAUCCAAGACCGCGCGGUGAUCCACACGUCGAGCACGACGACUCCUGGUCUCGCUCCUGGAACUUCGAUCGGCAACAACGUGACGGUCGGCCACGGUGCCAUCUUGUACUCGUGCACCAUCGAAAACAACGUGUUGGUUGGCAUGGGUUCCAUUGUGCUGGACGGUGCGUUGGUUGAGUCCAACUCGAUCUUGGCGGCUGGCACGGUUGUGCCUCCUGGUCGCCGCAUUCCGUCGGGCCAGCUGUGGGCCGGCAGCCCUGCGCAAUUCGUGCGCGAUGUCAGCGAAGACGAAGUAGCAGACUUGGUCAAGCAAGCCACGGAGUACACCAAGCUGGCCGAAACACACAGCGAAGAAUUCUUGCCCUAUGGCACCGCGUACUUGGACGCCGAACGCAUCAAAGCACAAGGCGGACAGUUGUAAUCAGCCCAAUAUAGCGCUGACACCAUGUAACUCAGGCAUAGUUUGUUGUGCAAUGCGACUUGUCCGGAGCUCGUGCCAGGACAAUCUUGUCCAUCGCUUCA